AUGUCGACCACCAGGGAUAAGUUAUCCACCAACGGUUUUCCCUUCACGGAGAAACAAUUUGCCUACCUCUUCCUCGCCGCUCUUCCCCCCUCCUUCAACUCUAUCGUCACCGCCAUCUUCGCCACAGAAAACUUCGACAACGCCAACUUUAAAGCAUCAAGCAUAGUCGCUCCGCUACAGAACAAGCAGUCGCUCGAGGCUGAGUCUACGGCCAAGACAAACGCUGCUAAAUCCAGCAAGAAGUCAAAUGGCAAGAAGGCUGGCAAAGGCAAAGGCAAGGGCAAGCUACCCUCUGCCUGUCCGACAUGUAGAGGAGAUCAUUGGAAGGCGGACUGCCCGAAAUCGAAAGAAAAAGGCAAGGAGAAGGACAAGGACAAUAGUAGUAUGGUUGUAGCUACAAACGCUGUCAUGAUGGAUGGAGAAUCGGAGCCCGUUUACUUGUAUUCAUCAUCUGAUCAAGUCCGCUUCAUGGUUGACAGUGGUUGCACCGACCACUUCACACAAUUCACCUCCGAUCUCACCACCACUAGACCUGCUCAUGGUCACAUCACAGUUGCCUCAGGACAAUCGCAGACUUACGAUUUAUGUGGCGAUACUUCAUUCAAGCAUCAAGUCCCUGGUCAACGCUCUAAGGAUGUAAUCCUACAAGACGUUAUCCAAGCUGACUUCCUCCGCGGUCACUUUCUCUCUGUCUCGCGCCUUACGUCCAAAGGCUCAUCUGUCCUCUUCACUGCGGACAAGGUUUUUGUCUUGAAGUCCGCUUCUUACGAAAACAAAGACAUCUUGCUUCAGGGUUCUCUCAGUGAACGUCUCUACUGGUUUGACUUCACUAGGAAUCCUACAUCAUCUAAUCCCUCUCGAACGGUAUCUCUUGAAACCUGGCAUCAUCGCUUUGGACAUCUCUCCUAUGAUGCUUUACAACGUGCUUGCAAUGGUAAUCGUCUUACUGGCUUUGAUCCCUCAGAAGGUCCUGCGCCCUCUGGUCCAUGUGAAGGUUGCGAACUUGGCAAACAACAUCGCCAUCCCUUCCCUCCAUCGGACAAACGCGCUACUUGCCUUCUAGAACUAGUCCACUCGGAUGUUAUGGGUCCAUUCCAAACCGCCUCUAUCCAAGGUUCUUCAUAUGUCGUCUCCUUCAUAGAUGACUAUUCCUCUCUUGCCGCUGCCUUCUGUAUAAAAUCGAAAGAUCAGGUCACGACAUGCUUCGAGGAGUUCAGAGCCUUAUGUGAACGACAGACUGGGGAGUCUCUCAAAGCUCUUCGCUCUGAUCGUGGUGGUGAAUACCUUAACAAAGUUCUUGGUGCACGGUUUGCGGAAUUGGGUAUCGAACACCAGUUUACAACACCAUAUUCGCCUCAAUCCAACGGUCGCGCUGAACGCUGGAAUCAAACGAUUGUCUCAAGGAUCAGGUCCAUGCUUCAAGCCUCUGGCCUAUCCAAUGGUUUCUGGGAGUAUGCACUCGCAACAUCUCUACAUGUAUACAACCGCACCCCGGUCAAACGUCUCGACUGGCACACCCCACACGAACUAUGGAACAAAGGUCAUGUACCUGACGUCUCCUACUUCCGUGUUUUUGGAUGUCUGGCAUAUGUCCACAUCUCUGAUGCCCUGCGUCAAAAACUCGACCCUACGGCUAAAGUGGUCACCUUCAUUGGGUAUGAACCGAACACUAAGGGAUAUCGGUUCUGGGAUAGGUCUACCCGGUCUGUCGUUGUUUCGCACGAUGUAACAUUUGACGAGACUUCCUUCCCACAUUGCGAAUCUGAGCCGAUUCGCACAGUGCAGCCUCCAACAGCGCCUGCACCCCUGCCUCCCCUGUCAAUCGACCUCUCACCUGCUGAGCAAGUCCCUAUACCAGUAGAGCCGGUGGCACCGGUUCCUGCUGAAGACUUACCUUGUAUCAUUGAACCAUCGCCCGAGGUUAAACCCGAAGGCAUCGAGUUCCCUGUCUCACGUCCUCCCUCUCCACCUCCUCCAAUCCAUCCUCUCCCUCCUGCUACUCCACCAGUUCGUCGGUCCGGUCGUGCACCAAAGCCUAAUCCUAGGUUCUUUAAUCCCGACAACGUUGCUUCUCUUACUGAGUUGGACGAGCUGUACUGCGAGGAGAUCCCUGACGAGGUCUUCCUCAACGCAGCAGGUGUGCCGCAUGAGGAUGUGGAUCCGCUCACACUUGGCCAGGCUAUGCGCUCACCCAAUGCUGGCAAGUGGAAAAAGGCUUGUGAAGAAGAGUUGGAAGCAAUGAGGAAGAACAAGACUUGGGAACUAGUCAAUCGCCCUGCUGGUCGCAAUGUGGUCAAGAACAAAUGGGUAUUCAAGCACAAGGCUGACGGUCGCUGCCGCUCACGUCUAGUUGCUAAGGGCUUCACUCAGGUUGAAGGAAUAGAUUACAAUGAAACUUUCUCACCCGUCGCUCGCUACGAAUCCAUUCGCUUUCUGUUUGCUAUGGCGGCACAGGAAGACUGGGAUAUUCACUCUAUGGAUGUCAAGACCGCAUUCUUGAACGGCGAACUCGACGAGGAAAUCUACAUGGAGCAACCUGAAGGUUUCACUUCCCUUGGGCAGGAAGAUAAGGUUUGCCGCCUCAAAAAAGCUAUCUAUGGGCUGAAACAGGUGUCGCGCACAUGGAACUUAAAAAUCCAUCGCACUCUGGUCAAGCUCGGCUUCACUCGCACGUACUCCGACACUGGUGUUUACGUCUAUCGUCGACAGAAGGGGGAUUCAAUCACUGUCAUUAUUCUUUAUGUCGACGACGUCACGCUUAUGGGGGAUUCCAUGAAUCACAUUCAACAGACCACACGCGCGCUAUCUAAGGCCUACGGAAUGACCGACCUUGGCAAGAUCCAGUCUUUCCUUGGUAUGCACAUCACUCACGACAGGCCCAACCGCGUCCUUUCCAUAGAUCAAGAACACUACCUAGCUGGUGUGCUUGAACGCUUUGGUAUGUCUGACUCCAACCCCGUUCGCACCCCUCUUCCCUCGGGAGCCAAACUUGUCUCACCACUUGUUGCGGACCCCAACUAUGUCGCUGACACUGAGCUCAUUGCUCAAUACCAAUCUCUCAUCAGAUCUCUCCUCUAUGCUGAGAUAGGUACUCGUCCCGACAUAGCGUAUGCCAUAACACGCCUCGCCAAAUACAGCCACCAUCCGUCAAAGGAGCUUCUGGGCUAUGCGAAACACAUCCUCCGAGUAGCAACUCCCUCCUCGAACCUCAUCGGCUUCUCCGACUCUGAUUGGGCAGAAAACCGGGACACUCGUCAUUUGACCUCUGGCUUCAUCUUCACUAUGUCUGGUGCAGCUAUAUCCUGGCGCUCACGCCUCCAGAAAGUCAUGGCAUUAUCACAACACACUUAG